AAGCGGAGGCGAAAGAUCGGGCAGACGGAAAAGUCCUAAUCGCCACCAGUCGAACGAACAAAACGGAACAUUUUACCGUCGUCUGAUCGCCGGAGAUCCUUCUACCGCCGGAAAUCCUCCGAUCAGUCGGCAAGGACCACGCGUUGCAGGACAUCAAAGAAAAGCAUCUAUGUAUCUGUUUAUUCGCUGAUUUCUCCACGCAUACGGGAUUGUGAUUUUGUUGCGAUCAUCAUUGUGAGAGAAUGGGAGAGGGCGGGAUGUGUUGUCCGACGAUGGAUCUAUUGCGAUCGGAGCCAAUGCAGUUGGUGCGGCUGAUCAUCCCUAUCGAAUCCUCUCAUCGCACCGUUUCCUACCUUGGCGACCUUGGCCUCUUCCAAUUCAAAGACCUUAAUGCUGACAAGAGCCCAUUUCAGAGGACCUAUGCUGCUCAGAUCAAAAGAUGUGGAGAAAUGGCACGAAAGCUGCAUUUUUUCAAGGAACAAAUGGUUAAGGCUGGUUUCUCACCCUCAACAAGGUCUGGCAUUAGCAUUAAUAUGGAUGACUUGGAGGUUAAACUUGGAGAACUUGAAGCGGAGUUGAUAGAGAUGAAUGCUAACAAUGAAAAAUUACAACGUGGUUACAAUGAACUUUUAGAGUAUAAACUUGUCCUGCAGAAGGUUGGUGAAUUUUUCUAUUCAGCCCAAAGUAAUGCUGCAGUACAGCAGAGGGAAUAUGAGGGAUGUCAUCUUGGUGAAGGAUCUAUUGAUAGUCCCCUACUCAUGGAGCAAGAAAUGUUGACAGAGCCAUCAAAGCAGAUAAAGCUGGGAUAUGUUAGUGGUCUUGUUCCCAGAGAGAAAUCAAUGGCUUUUGAAAGGAUAUUAUUCCGUGCUACUCGGGGAAAUGUGUUUUUGAAGCAAGCUGUGGUUGAGGAUCCAGUUGUUGAUCCUGUAUCGAGAGCAAAGGUUGAGAAAAAUGUAUUUGUUGUCUUCUAUUCGGGAGAAAGAGCAAGGAACAAAAUUUUGAAAAUAUGUGAUGCUUUUGGAGCCAACCGGUAUCCUUUUGCAGACAAUGUAGGCAAACAAUAUCAAAUGAUCAAAGAGGCAUCUGGAAAGCUGUCAGAGCUGAAGACUACCAUAGAUGUUGGAUUGCUGCAUCGCAACAAUCUUUUACAAACAAUUUGCCAGAAAUUUGAGUGCUGGAAUCUUCUGGCGAAGAAGGAGAAAUCCAUUUACCACAUUUUAAAUAUGCUCAGCAUUGAUGUUACUAGGAAAUGCCUUGUGGCAGAAGGCUGGUGUCCUGUUUUUGCUCAAAAUCAGAUUCUAAGUGCAAUGCAGCGGGCAAGCUUGGACAGCAGUUCGCAAGUUAUGGCCAUAUUCCAGGCUCUACAGACCAAGGAAUCACCACCUACAUAUUUCUGUACAAACAAAUUCACUUCUGCUUUUCAAGAAAUUGUGGAUGCGUAUGGGGUGGCCAAGUAUCAAGAAGCAAAUCCUGGUGUCUACACAGUUAUCACAUUUCCUUUCCUAUUUGCUGUCAUGUUUGGAGAUUGGGGCCAUGGUAUAUGCUUGUUUCUUGCAACGUUAUACUUCAUAUUCAGGGAAAGGAAACUUUCCAGUCAGAAGCUUGGGGACAUCAUGGAGAUGACUUUUGGAGGACGUUAUGUUAUAAUGAUGAUGGCAAUAUUCUCGAUAUACACAGGACUAAUAUAUAAUGAAUUCUUUUCCGUGCCAUUUGAACUAUUUGGGCCCUCAGCCUAUGGAUGCCGAGAUCCUUCCUGCAGGGAUGCUUAUACAGUAGGCUUGAUUAAGGUGCGUAGCACAUAUCCAUUUGGCGUGGAUCCUAAGUGGCAUGGUACUCGCAGUGAGUUACCAUUCCUAAACUCACUGAAGAUGAAGAUGUCAAUCCUUCUAGGAGUAGCCCAGAUGAAUCUUGGAAUCAUUUUAAGCUACUUCAAUGCAAAAUUCUUCAGAAAUGAACUUAAUAUCUGGUACCAAUUUGUUCCGCAGAUGAUAUUUUUAAACAGUUUAUUUGGCUAUCUUUCACUCCUGAUUAUUGUGAAAUGGUGCACUGGUUCUCAAGCUGAUCUGUAUCAUGUAAUGAUAUACAUGUUCCUGAGUCCGACUGAUGAUUUGGGCGAGAAUCAACUUUUUGUUGGUCAGAAAUUUCUUCAGAUUUUGUUACUGCUACUGGCACUUGUUGCCGUACCAUGGAUGUUAUUUCCAAAGCCAUUUCUCUUGAAGAAACAACACGAGGAAAGGCACCGAGGAAAAUCUUACACCCCCAUCUACAGUACUGAUGAUUCUUCUGAAUUGGAGUCAACUUAUUCCCAUGGCCAUGAUGAAUUUGAGUUUAGUGAAGUUUUUGUACACCAACUUAUUCACACAAUAGAGUUUGUGCUUGGAGCAGUCUCUAACACGGCUUCUUACCUACGUCUAUGGGCCCUCAGUCUUGCCCAUUCAGAGCUGUCUAGCGUUUUCUAUGAGAAGGUCCUGCUUCUUGCCUGGGGGUUCAACAAUGUCAUUAUCCUUAUUGUUGGCAUUGUUGUAUUUAUUUUUGCAACUGUUGGUGUGCUUCUGGUUAUGGAAAGCUUAAGCGCUUUCCUUCAUGCCUUGCGGCUUCACUGGGUCGAGUUUCAGAACAAGUUCUACGAGGGAGAUGGCCACAAGUUCUCUCCAUUCUCAUUUGCCUUGCUCAGAAAUGUCGAGGAAUGAUUCAAUUCUUGAAACAUAGUCCUUAGGAUUCAAUUCAGAAAUGACGAGCAUACUGCAUCUGCUGAAGUCUACAUGUAUUCUAUCCAUCCAUACCGACAAGCCUGAUUGCUUGGGAGGUCUUAGGAAAUGAGCUUUUCCUGAUGAACCAGAGUGUUUAGUUAUGUGAAAUUAGUUAUUUCUUCCAGUCAGGUGUGGCCAGCCGCCAUCCCAUGAAAGAUUACUGCUGCAGUUUGAUUCCGGGUUGAUGUUGCCGAUCCUUGUUCUAACUAUGAUCCUAUGGUUGGCAGCAUCCUGCUAGAUAGACCAUUUUGAGGCGUCUGGUCACUUCUGAUGAAGUAUAGAACCAAACCUUAAUUGUGCUGUUUUCGUCACCUGUGAUCACUUUCAGGUGACUUGUAUCUUACAUUUCAUAUUGUGCUGUUAUUUUGUGAAUAAUAUUCUGCAAUUCUUUACUGUAACAAAGAAGGGAAGCUGUAAUUUAAUAAAUCCAUGGUGUAAAUGCAAGGGAUUUUGUUCAUCUUU